AUAAGAAGCUUAGGAAAGCGUAGAUGGGAAGUUUUUGUCCGCUGCUAUGCAUUUUUUUACUUGAGGAAAUGAAGGGUAGAGCUUUCAGUUCCCUUUUCAAAUUUGUUUUUACAUACAGAAAGGUUGGAAUGGUGAUUGGGAAGGACUCAUCCAGAUGACUAAAUAAUUCAUGGCUAGGUAAACAGAGCAAGGCACUGCAGCUUGGGUUUAUUGAGGUUUUCUGUUUGUUUAGUUACUUGUUGAACAUGUGUAUCCCAUUUUUAAAUGAAUCCUUUAGGUUAACUCAAAUUCAAUGAAAGUAGCAGUGGACAGACAGGUAGAUUUGUUAAAGAGUAACAUUGUAUAUUUAUUUUACUUAAUCAAGAUGUGUCAUCUGAAAUUUGUUUCUUUGUAGGGGCAAAAUCAGGAUUUAAGCAAUGUUAAUAAUGCAUAGGCAUAGUCACUGCCGAAGAAGACAUUUGGCAACUUUACAGAAAAAGAAAUGUAUGCAUUUCCUCAUUGCUUACUAAGAAUUCUUUCCUUUAUUCAUGAUGUGGAUGUAACAAUUGGGAAUUUUGAUGAAAGCCUGUUUUUUAUAGAAUUGUCUAGCUCAUGUUACUGCAUGAGGAAUAGGCCUGUAAAUGAGAGAUGUACAAAACAUCCUACACCCUUAACUUGCAAUAUUUCUGGUCUGACUACUUUGCUUGUAAAAUAAAAAUUAAUGUGCCUUUGAAGAACUGUAUUUCCUUUUUUCUCGGUUGUAUAUAUCAAGUUUAGUUCUGUUAGUAUAUAAUUAAUGAAGAAAAAUGAGACUUUGCUGAAGAAAAUGAGGAGCACAUUGUAAUAAGAUUUCAGAAAUGAAUAGAUCUAUGGGUCAAAGAAGGCAGUUUCCUUGAUCAUCUUGUUGGGGACAGACUGAUCUAAACUGGGGGCUUUGACUGGUCUUUCAACAGGCAGCAGUUCCUGGGUUGUUUUUACUAACUCUCAGUGUACUGAUUUCUAAAUUCACUAACAGUAUUUGUAUGGUAAAAACACUGUUAUAGGAAAAUAAAUGGAAGCUGCUGCCAAAACAGAAAGAAUAGGGAGUGAGACUAGCACUAAUUCUUUGGAGGUUGUUUUUCCUGUUUCACAUCCAUCUAAUGUGUAGUUUAUGAGACAUAGUUCCUGAGGUGAUGAAGUGCAGUGGAAGGUGGUAUGAACCUGUAAGAGGUUUGUAGUGUUUCACAGGAAUUCUGUGAAAAUCUAAAUCUAUCUGGAUUCAGUGCUGUUUUCCAGUUAGAGCAGGCUGAGUUUUAGUGGGUGGGUUAAGAGCAGGCAAGGAUGGCAGUUUGGCUCUUUUUUUACUGGGCCAGAUUUUUAUCCUAUCAUGCAGAUACUUCUCAUCUACUGGGAUCUGUGACUUCUGAGUUUGGGCAGAACAUGCUUCAGCUGCAGCUUCUCUCUCCUUUCCCAGAAAGCACAAUGUGCUCUGCAUGUGUGGUGGGUUCCAGAACUCAAAGGUUGGUGGAUUCCUGUGGAUUCACAUUUUAUGAUCUGUCUUUCCCACAUGGAGUUAACUGGUCAGUCUGUCCCUCAUUCUCUUUAUCUCCUGUAGCCUCCCAGUGACCUUGUGUGGUGUGUGUGUGUAGAAUCUUUGGAUUUGUCCUGGUCAUUGGUUUGAAUAAAUGUGCAGAGACCUUGAUUUUUAUGCAUUUUGGGAGUCUAUAAAAUGGAUUUGUGGAACAAUCAAAUCUCCCAACCCCUUCUGUCUUUUGCCUUCUGCCAACUGUAAUGCUGAGAACCAGAUUUUCUGGAGUCUGUGGUUUUCUGUAUCUUUAAGAGGUUUUUUUUAAGAGUUCUUCCUUCUGAAAUGUUUGUCCUGUGCAGUGGCAAAAGGAUUAUUUUUGUAACUGGAAGGGCUGGAAAUUUACAUAAGGAGAAGAAAAAACAAAACUUACACAAACUCAACAAAGUCAAAAUCUGUGCUAGGAAUACCUGCUGUGCUCCUGUUAUAAACUCAGCUGUGAGCAGUUAUAAGAUCCCAUCUGUGGGAUGAGUUUCUUCUCCUUUACCCCUUCUUUUCCCUCUCCACAGUUCAAUAUGGUUUAUGUUUUUAGUUUCCCUCUCUAAUCAGUCUGUUGCAGAUAAAAAAGAAAAAGCGGGGAGGAGAAAGAAAAGGUUGCUAGAAAUAAUUUCUUUGGGAGUUACAUAACCUCCCUUCACUGUAUUUAGGAACGUGUCUCUGCCUUUCAGGCAUAACCCACCAUCUUCCUUUAAAGCAGCAGUCAAAGAGAUUUUGCACUGAGGUGCUGGAUUGUGAAAUGCAGCAGCUGAGGCACGGACACGUCUCCCUCCGUUUGCCCCUUCCAUGAGCAGUGCCUGCAGACAGAGAGGACGGAUGUGUCUGGGAAUGGCAUCAUCCCCAACCACUGCAGCACAGCUCCAGAUGGCCGGGGCGUGCAGUGAGUGCUUCCUGUGGAGCAUCUCCCAAGGAGACCUGGUAACCUUUGGAAUACCUGCACACUCUCAGGUUAAAGGUGUUCUGAGUGUGUGUUUCACAGCCACAGCUGUGAUUCAAGCAGUUGGGAUGGAGAUGGAAUAAACAGCCUGAGUAAUAUUUCUGUUUGAGUCAGUGGCACAUUUCUUCCAGGGGCUUCCACAAGAUGUCUUCACCAACCUUUUAUCACUUUAAUUUCCCUGCUGUACUCUUGUCCAGCAAAACUAAUUAAGGCAAAAUGUGGCUAAAUUAGGUUUGAAAGUAGAGGGGUUUUUUUUCUGUAAAACUGAAUGUAAUUAUGAAAUCAUAUUUUAAUUAUGCUGCUCCCCAGUAUUUUAAGGUGUGAUAUGUUGACACCUCAUACCAAGUGGUUUUGAUUUCCCUGCUUUUGUUUUUAUAUGACUAUCUUACUUGGUGGUUUUUCUAUAUACUUGACCUGCUGUUAAAGAAAUCUGAUCUAAAUUUAAGUUCUGAGUAAACUAAUGGCUAAAAAUUAGACUUCUUUCCUAUUUAAAUGGUUUGGUUGCCAUAGCUUAUAUCCUGUUUAUUUCAGAAAGUAUUUUUUAAUAAAAUCGGACUGUGUUUGCAUCUCAGGGAGUGAUUUUUGCCAAGACUCUCUGAAUCAUUCAGAUCUUUUCAGUUUAAUGCUUUGAAAUAUUGAUUAAAUAUAUUAAUUCUGGAUUGCUUUAAUAUGAUUGCACAUCUAGAAGUUUUCUUCUGAUGUGGUGCACCCAUGUCUGGUGUAAGCUGGCUUAAUUAGCACUGCUCAGUGAUUUGGAACCCCUGUCAAAGGCUGUUAUGUUGUCGGGAAGCAGAAGGAGUUAAAGCUGAAGCUGUGACCUCAUCCCUGUUCGUGUUACACGGGAGUGGAAGCUGCGCUGAAGGGGAUUGUUUGGCUGCAUCGCUGUCUGUGCUGCUGCUCGAUGGCUUUAAUUCGGUUCCGAUAUCUGUCGCACACUCGCUGAACAACUCUUACAGCAGGGAUUUGUGGGAGCGCUAGAGGCGGAGGGAGCUGUGCUAGUAUCGAACGCCCGUGGGAGCAGCUCCCACGGCAAUAGACUCAGAUAGAUCUCUCUACCUGAUUUUAACUUCUCACUGCCUCGCCUGCGACAAUCGAAGCGGCACCGGGAGAGCUCGCACCCGCACACAGCACGCACGGAGGGACACGCACGCAGUCCCGCCAGCCGUGCGCUCCCGCACCGCGUGUGCCGCGUGUUCCCGAAUUGCCGCCGGCUGCGUGGGAGCUGCGGGAGCGCUGCGGCGGCUGUAACGUGGGAGCGGCGCAGGCUACAAUAGGUGUCACUGUGUGCGAGCCCAAUCGCGCUCGGGGGCUGCAGCCAUUGGCUCCGGCCGCACGGCUGCCAGUCCCGCUCCGCUCCCGUCCCUUCCCAUCCCUUCCCGCACAACUUGGGCUCGCCGGCAGCCUGGCACUGCCACCGUGCGCUCCUCCUGCCCUCUGCCCGCGUGUAGCGCUGCUAGGCGGUUCCUGAUCGGGAAAGCUGGGAAGAAAGCAAGCUGGCAGGAAUGAUGGGGGUGUAUUUAACGAUUCAAGUACUGGAUCAAACUUAAACUCAGUUUCUUACUCGGUGCGCUGGAAAGGUCACCUUGUCUUGCUGGAGAAGGAGCGAACUCUCAGCUCUGCUGCUUUCGGUGUAACAGCUUCCACGUACAUUCCUAAAUGUUCCUAGCUAGUUAGGCUGCCGGGCUUUACACACGGGCAUACUCAUGGUAGAUGAGAAAGGAAAGAACAUGAAAUGUCUCACCUUCUUCUUGAUGCUUCCAGAGACGGUCAAGAACAGGUCUAAGAAGAGCUCUAAGAAAGGAAAUAGCAGCAGCAGUAGCAACAGCAAAUUGCCUCCAGUUUGCUAUGAAAUCAUUACCUUGAAGACCAAAAAGAAGAAGAAGAUGGCUGCUGAUAUUUUUCCCCGAAAGAAACCAGCUAACACUAAUACAACUGCUGUCCAGCAGUACCAUCAGCAAAAUCUCAAUAACAACAACACUAUUCCUGCACCUAAUUGGCAAGGACUUUAUCCAACCAUCAGAGAGAGAAAUGCAGUGAUGUUCAACAAUGACUUGAUGGCAGAUGUUCAUUUUGUGGUCGGGCCACCAGGUGGGACCCAGCGGCUGCCAGGACACAAAUAUGUCCUGGCUGUUGGGAGCUCUGUAUUCCACGCGAUGUUUUACGGAGAGCUGGCUGAGGACAAAGAUGAAAUCCGUAUACCAGAUGUUGAGCCUGCUGCUUUUCUUGCAAUGCUGAAGUACAUCUAUUGUGAUGAGAUCGAUCUGGCCGCAGACACCGUCCUGGCCACUCUUUACGCUGCCAAGAAGUACAUUGUCCCUCACCUGGCCCGCGCCUGCGUCAACUUCCUGGAGACAAGCCUGAGUGCAAAGAAUGCCUGCGUGCUGCUCUCCCAGAGCUGCUUGUUCGAGGAGCCUGACCUGACCCAGCGCUGCUGGGAAGUGAUCGAUGCCCAGGCUGAGCUCGCUUUGAAGUCUGAGGGCUUCUGCGACAUUGAUUUUCAGACACUUGAAAGCAUCCUCCGAAGGGAGACUCUGAAUGCCAAAGAAAUUGUUGUUUUCGAGGCGGCCCUGAGCUGGGCCGAGGUGGAGUGCCAGCGGCAGGAGCUGACGGCCACCAUCGAGAACAAGCGCAAGGUGCUGGGCAAGGCUCUCUACCUGAUCCGCAUCCCCACCAUGGCGCUGGACGACUUCGCCAACGGCGCCGCGCAGUCGGGGAUCCUGACCCUCAACGAGACCAACGACAUCUUCCUGUGGUACACGGCGGCCAAGAAGCCGGAGCUGCAGUUCGUCAGCAAGCCCCGCAAGGGCCUGGUCCCGCAGCGCUGCCACCGCUUCCAGUCGUGCGCCUACCGCAGCAACCAGUGGCGCUACCGCGGCCGCUGCGACAGCAUCCAGUUCGCCGUCGACAAGAGGGUGUUCAUCGCCGGCUUCGGGCUCUACGGCUCCAGCUGCGGCUCGGCAGAGUACAGUGCCAAGAUUGAACUGAAGAGACAAGGGGUUAUCCUGGGCCAGAACUUGAGUAAAUACUUCUCGGAUGGGUCUAGUAACACUUUCCCCGUGUGGUUUGAGUAUCCCGUGCAGAUCGAGCCCGACACCUUUUACACAGCCAGCGUGAUUCUGGAUGGGAACGAACUCAGCUAUUUUGGACAAGAAGGAAUGACAGAAGUUCAGUGUGGGAAGGUGACUGUGCAGUUUCAGUGCUCCUCGGACAGUACAAAUGGCACAGGGGUACAGGGAGGACAAAUUCCUGAACUCAUAUUUUACGCUUGAAUGGGAGCUGUGGAUACAAAGCGUUUUGCUAUGAAGAGCCUGUCUGGUUCAGGCCUACUGACACUGAUAUGUGAUCUGUACAGGGAAUAUGUGACUGAAUGCUGUGGGCGAGCUCCUCGCUUGCUGUACUUGUAGCAUCGUUGGUGAUUAAGUGUAAUAUUUAAACUGGAAGCUCUUAGAAACAAGUGAGUUUUAAAGGCUUUGUAAGAGGGGUGCCUGUUUGCUGGUGAUGCUGACCCUUUCUUUGAUGCACUUGUGAAUCACCAGGGGAUGUCCCCCUCUUGUGUCUCACUAAACACUGUCUUCAUUGAUCCAUUUUCUCCAUUUUCUGCUUUCUGCUUGUAUUGGGGAGGUAGGGAUAGAAAAUGAAGAGCCUUGUUUUAUAGCUCUCUCUGUCUGCUCUGCAAACUUUAGAAAUUCCAGUAAACCGAGCUGCUUUUGACCAUGGGGGCUGAAAGAAGUCAAGCUCAAGUUUAAAGCUUCAUCCUGUGAGAUUCUCCUGCAGCCAACUGUUUGGGAUGGCUCCAGGGGAAGAUGGGGAGGAGGAAGCAUCUUUCAGGAAGCUCCAUGGCAUAUGGACCAUGUCCCCAGUGCAUGGAUGUGUUCACAGUGAGGAAGGGAUGUGGCCUUGGCAAGUUACCCUUGGAGUUCACUUUCUAGGAAUCCCACCUUGAGGGCAAGAAAUUACUUGCACGUGUUCAGAUUGUCUAUGCAGCUCUUGAAACUCUACUCCCAUGGCCCAGGUUUUGCUCCAUUGAUCUGCUCUUUAAAUGCUAUUUCUUUGAACCCUUGCUAAAUAAUUGGGAAUUUAUGUCUAUCAUCUGAUGCAGGAUAAUUUUUUGUUUGUGGGUUUUUUUCUUCUUCCUAAACAUGGUAGAGGCAGAUUUUAGAGGAACAACAGAGUGUAUCAAUCUUGACUUGGAUUUUUUUCUAUAAUACAAGAUUUUUUUUUUCAUUUUAUUAGCAGUUGAAAUUUAGACAAAGACAGAAGAUUCCCAGCUGGGGUCAUAUUACACUUAGUGUAUACCAUCAGAUAGCAGUGAGGGGGAGGAAGUCUCCUCUAAUGGGUUAUUGUUGGAGCUCUUGCAACUGCUUAUGGCUACACAUCAAUCAGAGGAUUUCCUUGCCUGAGUUUAUUCCCCCAAACUUCCUACUGCAUGUCUGUAUCAUUUUUGCAAAAGUAUGAGGGAUACUCCUUGUAUCAGGGAAGGAAACCAGUAUAAAUAAGAACUACAGGUACUAUUGAAAUGUGAGAAAAUCCUUCAUCACUGCACUGGGACAAUUGUUCCUCAAAGGCUACAUCUCAUUCUUGCUUCACCUCCGAAGUGGGUUCUGUUUGUUGCAUACCUUUUAACAAAAUGAGAGGACCAAAUGAUUCUUUAGGCUGGCUGAAAAUUAAUGUUACAGUAUAUCUACACAUUAGUUUAGCAUAACCCUAAAUUCACUUGUCAGUUCUGUAAUAAAAAUGUUUUUUCUCAUAUGA